AUGGCUGUGGCAGACGAUGUAGUCGCCCCCCCCGACGAUGCCAAAGACUUCGGUGCCCUCGAGCAGAAGGCUGAGUCUGGGAGCAUCCAUGAGGCCGAUGAAGCGGUCUUGGACCCGAGGAAGGAGAGGAAGCUGCUCAUGAAGCUGGACGCUGUCUUUGUUCCCAUUAUCAUGUUGACCUAUCUGUCCUGUUUCUUGGAUCGGUCCAACAUCGGAAAUGUCAAGGUCGCGGGCAUGCCAGAGGCCAUCCACGCCUCUCCCACCCAGUUCUCCACGGCCGUGUCCAUCUUCUACGCGACCUAUGUCAUCCUCGAGGCGCCGUGGGCGGUGCUCAUGAAGAAGCUGACGCCCCGGUACAUCCUCACGGGCCUGUGCAUUAUCUGGUCCAUCACCACCGUCUUCACGGGCUUUAUCGAAAAUGUCGCCUCCCUGUACGCCACGCGCUUGAUCCUCGGGGGCUGUGAGGCCGGUCUGUUUCCCUGUCUGAACCUGUAUCUCACCAUGGUCUAUCGACGAGAGGAGCAGGCCAAACGAGUCUCCUACCUUAUGAGCUGUGCGGCCAUCUCCGGUGCUGUCGGCGGUCUUUUGGCUUAUGGCCUGCUGCAUAUGGAUGGAGUAGCAGGAAAAGCCGGAUGGAGAUGGGUCUACAUCAUCGAAGGCCUCUUCAGCUUCGUCUGCGCCCUGAUCAUCUGGUUCGGACUCCCCAACGACCCCUCAAAUGCCUACUUCCUCACCGAUGAGGAGAAGUGGAUGAUGAGCGUGCGCAACGAACAACGCCGCAAAUACAUGGGCAGCGAGAAGUUCAGCUGGGAAGAGAUGAGGAUUGAACUAAGAGACCCCAAGGUCUACUUUAGUUCUGUCAUCCAGUUCUGCCAGGAUAUCCUUCUCUACGGGUUCAGUACCUUUUUGCCCGCCGUUCUCAGGAGUCUGGGGUACAGUUCGCUUAUGAGUAAUGUUCUCACCGUCCCGGUGUACGCGUGGGCAGCUAUUAUUUACAUUGCUAUGGCUUAUUUUGCGGAUCGGUAUUCCAAAUAUGCAGUCUUCCUCAUCGGAGGCAACUUCUUCGGUAUAGCAGGCUACAUCAUCCUCCUCGCCUCCUCCAGCGACGCCGUCAAAUACUUCGGCACCUACCUUUGCGCCGUCGCGACAUACACCGGUCCCGGACUGAACGUGGCCUGGCUGAACGUCAACGUCGCACCGCAGUACCGCCGUGCCCUCGCCAUCGGUCUGCAGCAGUCCAUAGGAAACUGUGCCGGCAUCGUCGCGGGACAGAUCUACCGCAAAUCCCCGUAUGUCCUGGGGAACGCGUUUUCCCUGGGAUCGAUGGUGGUGGCUCAGGUGGCUAUUGUCGCGCAUGCAUUGUACCUGCGCCGGGAGAAUGCGGUUAAGGGGCAGAUUGAGAAUGGGGAGAAAGAGGAUACGAGGCGCGUGCAGACCGGUGAUGGGGCGGUGGACUUUAAGUAUUAUUAUUGA